AUUCCGCAAGGCCAGCCAACAGUUUAAGGACUUCCAGGCGAGCUUAAGGAGUUCAACGACAACAGCAGUGCCAGGUAGGAUAACGAUGCAAUCAAAUAAAACAACUAUAACGUCAUCAUCAUCAAUAUCGUCAACGUCAACAACAACAACAACAACACCAAAUUCAGCAACACCAUUUUCCCCCAGCGAAGCAGCCGGCAUUUCAAAGGUGACCAUAAUUCUAACAUGCAGCAUUCUCGGAGCUCUCAUCGUCAUCAUAACCACGUGCACUGUUGUCAUCAUAAGACGAAAGAAAGCGAGUAAACGCUCCCUGGUCGAUCCUAAGAAACGGCAUCCCUUGGUGUAUAAUUCGGGGCAAGACGACCUUUCGGGCGCAUACAGCCGGUCGAGUGACGGGCACGACAACCCUGG